UAUUAAAGGAAGUAAAGUAAAAAGGAAUAUGAUUCUGUUGUAUAAAAACAUUUAACAUUUCUCAACUUUAAAAUGGGGAAGGAAAAAAUUUCAGUCUUGAAGGAAUUUAAUUUUGACAUCACAAAGCCCAGAUGGGACCAGGGCACAUUUUUUGGGAGAUUACGACAUUUUGUGAGUAUUACCGAUCCUCGUCUUGCAAUUGCGGGUCAAAAAGAACUAGAGGCUGCUCGCAAUCUUGUAGAUGAUUUUAAAUGUGGUAUGAUGCCUCGUGGAACUACUGUGGAGCAGAUUUGGAAAGCGAGACAUCUAGAGCAAUCAGCGUUUCAUCCAGAUUCUGGAGAAUUAAUGAAUAUUUAUGGCAGAAUGUCGUUCCAAGUGACAGGCAGAACGGCUAUUACAGGGUUUCUGCUUCAAUUUUACAAGACCCCGUUCCAAGUGGCGUCUAUGCAAUGGAUGAAUCAAUCCUACAAUGCUCUGGUGAAUUAUACGAAUAGAAACGCAGCUUCGACGAUCACUAAAAAGCAGAUGUUCUUUGCAUAUCUUACAGCAACCGUUACUGGAGUGGGAGUUGCUGUUUGGUUGAAUAGAUCUGCGGCUUUGGCCACACCAAUUCUGGCAAGAUGGGUUCCUUUAGUGGCCGUAUCGUCAGCAAAUGCAGUCAAUAUCCCACUUUCUCGACAAUCAGAGAUAAUUUCGGGAAUUGUAAUCACGGACGAACAUAACCAACCUGUUGGAAAUUCCAGAAAAUGUGCGAUCAAGGGAAUUACGCAAGUUGUAAUAUCUCGAGUCGUUAUGGGAGCUCCAGGAUUUAUUUUACUUCCACUCAUAGUCGAGAGAAUAAAGCACACAAAGUUUUGGAGAAAUCACAAAUGGGCGCAUUUACCUUUCCAAGUUAUGGGCUCGGGAGUUGUUCUUUUAGUCAUGGUCCCCAUAUCUUGCGCUCUCUUUCCGCAAAUAUCCAAAUAUAAAUUCUCAAAGCUGGAACCUGAAGUCCAAGAAUCUAUUCGAGCUAAGUUAGGCAAAGAAUUGGAUUAUGUUUAUUUUAAUAAGGGCUUAUAGCUGCCCUCAAACAUUGGUUUUAUAUAUUUUCAACUUAAUGAAAAGAGACGUUCAAUAACUCUGCAAAGCAAUUAUGCUUAUAAAAAAUGGUUAGAAUAUGCAUCUGUCAAAGGAUUAUAUUGGUACAGCCCAUAUUCAUUUUAUAAUAUUGCCGGUACUCCCAAAGUAUGUGAACCAAGAUCGCAGAAACUGAAGCGUAGUAUGUACCAGGUUAGGGUUAGGCCAUAAUUUCAUUCCAAUUUU